AUGUGGCGGUUGCCUUACUGGAGCCUGAGAAGCUCAGAAACUCAUGCUGUGAAUCCCCAAACUCUGCGCUCCUCCAAGAGCUGUGGAAAUCAUGACACUUUGUCACAGUUUUGCCUGAAAGUCUUGAGUGGGUGCCAGAGCCAGUCGGAGAUAAAUUCCAGAUCCCAUCCUCCGGGCAGGACCCUCCGUCCCCAUCCCCUCCACCCCACCCCCACCCCCACUCUGUCCUGCCCGCCAGGCCAGGAGCUGUCCCAAGGACGCCGGGCUGGGGCGGGGCCUCGCCAUCUCUGUCCCACGCGCACGAGCAUCCACGAGAGACCAGCUUCAGGCAGCGGUCCUUGCCUCCCGGUCCCCGGGGUGGGAGAUGUAUGCAGUUGGUGCUUUUUAAAAUUCUCCUGUUUUGUUUCUGUAAGCUUUCCCCCCUGGUAUCAUGGAAAGGACCUCUUAAUCGCCACCUUGUGGGUGGCUGUAUCCAAAGUCUAA